AAAAUAACAGCUGAAGGUUGUUUCAUGAAGAAUUAGAGGCUAUAACUGGAAAUGGAGCAUAUUCCAUGCCUACGGAUUACAAUCCUGGUUCUGUUUUCUUUUGUUCAUCUCUGCACCUCAGAAAAUAUCUCCAUACGACUAGGCAACUAUUGCAGUGGACAGUUGGAGGUUUACAGUGAUGGGAAAUGGAAACCAGUUUGUACUGCAAAUUUUAAUAUCAACCAUACAAAGGUGGCAUGCAGGCAGCUGUCCUGUGGAAUACCUGUAUCUAUGUACUCCACUGGAGGAGGUUAUGGUGACAUCCUUCUAUCAAACCUUGAGUGUAAUGGGAGUGAAUCUUCUUUUUCAUACUGUCUGCCAUCAACACAUGAAGUUCAGAACUGUACACAAAACCAGAGUGUUGUACUGACAUGUUCAGGUCCAUUAGGGUUGCAGUUUUUAAACAGUCAAUACAUCUGUGCAGGUGAUGUAUUCGUAUAUUCUAGCAAUUUCCGUGGCUACAUUUCGGCAGAAGGAUGGGAUAUCAGUGAUGCCGAUGUUGUAUGCAGACAAAGUGGAUGUGGAUUUGCAUUAACUGCUACUUCCAGCUUCCUGACUUAUAACUACUAUAAUACUAUGCUGAAAAAUGUAGGAUGCUUGGGGACAGAAUAUAGUUUACAGACAUGUCCAGGGAUCUCACUGGCAACCAAUGUCUCAUCUAAUGCAAGCAUUGCUCAUGUGAUCUGUUCAAAAGAUACUGUCAAGCUUCAACUUGUAAACGGCACCACAGAUUGCAGCGGUAGAGUUGAAAUUUACAAUGGACUCAGCUGGGAGUCUGUCUGUGGAAGUAACUGGGGGAUGAAUGAGGCAAAGGCAGUCUGUGCACAGCUGCACUGUGGAUUUCCUGUUCAAGUAAACAGUAAUUCUUAUUUUGGACAAGGAUCUGGUGAUGUUUUUCGUCAGAUGAUCAUGUGUUCCGGAAAUGAAAUUUCUUUGUUUAGCUGCAAUUUCAGUCAACCACGCCCCUCAGAUUGCACACAUGCCCAGGAUGCCAGCGUUAUCUGUUCAGGCUUACAACUGACAAAUGGCACAAACCGAUGCAAUGGUAUUCUGGAAGUGAACAACGGCUCUCAGUGGGGUGGAGCCUGCAAUACUACUUGGAGCUUGGAUGAGGCCCGUGUAGUUUGCCGGGAACUAAGAUGUGGCUAUGUAAUAUCAGGGCAAGGAAUCCGCUCAGCUGGAGGAAAUCAACAGCCUGUUCUGUUAAAUAACAUUCAGUGCAGCGGCUGGGAGAACUCUCUGUCACAGUGUUCUAAUAUCCAGUUAGGAAAUGGCUCCUGCAGCACAUCCGAAGUAGCAGCAGUGCAAUGUUCAGGAGAAACUUUGGGUUAUUUUACUUUAAGGCUUGCAGAUGGAGGCAACUUCUGUUCUGGUAGAGUUGAAAUAUAUCCUUACCGCUACUCUACCUGGGGUACAAUAUCUGGAAGCCACUGGGACAUCCAUGAUGCAAACCUCGUGUGCAAGUAUUUGAGAUGUGGGUUUGCAGUUGCAGCCUAUAACAACUCAGAAUAUGGAAGUGGAUCCGGUCCUGUAUGGCUUGAUGUCAACUGCUAUGGGAAUGAGAGUUCAUUGCUGCAGUGUUCCCUGACUCUUCUUGGACCACCUGACACAAAACCUCACACGAAUGAUGCAGCUGUCAUGUGCACAGGUUAUAUAACUCCAAGGAUUGUGAAUGGAACAAACCGUUAUUCUGGGAGAGUUGAAAUAUUUUUUAACAAUACGUGGAAUCCUGUUUCAACUGAAGGAUGGGAUAUAAAUGAUGCAAAUGUUGUGUGCCGAUCACAAGGGUAUGGGUUUGCACUGGCAGCCAUUAAUGAUUCCAGUUUGGGCAUAAUUUCAUCUUCCACAUGGUUUAAAAAAUUUCAGUGCAGUAGAAGAGAGAGUCGUCUAAAUGAUUGCCAUGGUGAAAUCUCAACAAAUGUCAACAUUUCCUCAGCUGUUGCUGGAGUCACAUGUUCUGCAGGUAAUUCUUGGAUGUAUGUGUUAUUUGAAAAACUUUGUGUUGGGGCAGAAGAAGCCAUCUUUUCUGCUCAUAUAUUGACAUCUGAUCUUAUUGAGUUAUUGGCUCGAGGGAAUACUUUUAUUCCUAGUGUUCGUUUUGAUUUAACAAAAACUAUCAUUGAUUUGAAGUGUUUUGUUAGGAAACUUAACUUGGAUUUGUUGUUUAGUAACGAAAUUAAUGAUACUAGAACUGGUUUGAAACUAUCUAGUAUUUUUAACCCUCCACUGCAUAUUGGAUUACGCAUUUUUGAAAAAGUUUGCGAAGUAGAUUUUAGACAUAUUAAGGGUCGGGUUGGGACUAACAACCCGCUCCCUAACUCGAACAUAACUAAAGAGCAGAGAAUGGCCUUAAAUAACCUCAACCUUCUCCCAGUUCGAGGUGGACUUGUUAUUCUAGAUGAUGAAAUGUACAUAGAGAAAAUGUCAUCAGUUUUAGAUUCACCAGCUUACAGCCCUUCCUCCCUUAACGAAAUGAACGUUAUUUUUAAAAGGAUUAGAGGUUAUUUGUGA